AUGGGUAGCUCAAAUACAUUCUACUACGAUUCAUCAGCUUAUUUCACCCUUAUUAUAGCUGGUGAUAUUUCAUUUGGCAACAAAAGCUGGGCAGGCCCCCUUUUCACCAUAAUUGGAACUUCUAUCACAUUCAACGGGAACGGCCAUAAUUUCAAUGGUGGAGGUCCCUUCUAUUGGGAUGGUACGGGUCUCAGUUCCGGCACACAAAAGCCAGAUCCUAUGAUGAAGAUCGAAAUGUCAGGAAUUUUUCAGAAUGUAACAGUGGUCAACUCGCCCGCUCGGGCUUUCGCUGUGUCAAAUCCCGCACCCUUGUUGAUGACAGGAUUGACAGUUGAUGACUCUCAAGGAGACUACGCCAAUAACAGGAGCAAUGGCAUUACCGCUGGCCACAACACCGAUGGAUUCGACGUGAGCGGCCAUGACGUAACGAUUCAGAACUGUACGGUUCAUAAUCAAGACGAUUGCCUUGCAAUCGGCAAAGGGACAAACAUCAUCUUCGAUCGCAACACCUGCAUUGGUGGUCAUGGUAUCUCAAUUGGCUCUAUUGGCUCCAAUGUCGCUGUUUCUGGCGUCAUCGUCACGGGCAACAUCAUCACCGACAGUGACCAGGCUCUUCGUAUUAAAACUAUUGCUUCAGCAACUGGGAGUGUCGUUGGCAACGUCACAUACUCUGGAAACACUGCGAAAGGAAUCCGAAGAUUUGGCGUGAUCAUCGACCAGAGUUAUCCCAGCACCCUUGGUACUCCUGGAAUGGGCACUAUUAUUUCGGUAUUAUAUGAAACUGCCUUCUUUGACUGGAGUUGA